UUAUUGUUCAAAACCGGAAGACAAAACUGGAUACGUGUCAGGAAGCGGAGCUCGAGCCGAAGGCCACUGGACUCUGCUUCCUUGCAGCCUUUAACAUUUUUAUAUCUCUGCGUCUGCUGGGAUAUAACUUGCAAAAGGGGUAGACAAGUCCUCGCUGGUGAUCAUGUUGACCAAAUUUGAGACCAAGUCGGCGCGCGUUAAAGGCCUGAGUUUCCAUCCUAAAAGGCCAUGGGUUCUUGCCAGUUUGCACAACGGAGUGAUCCAGCUGUGGGAUUAUCGAAUGUGCACAUUGAUAGACAAGUUUGAUGAGCAUGACGGCCCUGUCAGAGGCAUUGAUUUUCAUAAACAGCAGCCGCUCUUUGUGUCUGGAGGAGAUGACUACAAAAUAAAGGUGUGGAACUACAAACUGAGGCGUUGCCUCUUCACACUCCUUGGUCACCUGGAUUAUAUCAGAACCACCUUCUUUCAUCAUGAGUACCCAUGGAUCCUGAGUGCCUCAGAUGACCAGACUAUUCGUAUUUGGAACUGGCAAUCCAGGACUUGUGUCUGCGUUCUGACCGGCCACAAUCACUACGUCAUGUGUGCUCAGUUCCACCCCUCGGAGGAUCUAGUGGUGUCUGCCAGUCUGGAUCAAACUGUGCGGGUGUGGGAUAUCUCUGGUCUGAGGAAGAAGAACUUGUCUCCUGGUGCCGUCGAGACAGAGGUUCGAGGAAUCUCUGGUGUCGACUUGUUUGGGGCCUCAGAUGCUGUGGUCAAACACGUGCUGGAGGGUCAUGACCGUGGGGUCAACUGGGCAUCAUUCCAUCCCAGCAUGCCCCUCAUAGUGUCUGGCGCUGACGACAGGCAGGUCAAGAUCUGGAGGAUGAACGAGUCCAAGGCAUGGGAGCUGGACACGUGCCGUGGCCACUACAACAACGUGUCCUGCGCUGUUUUCCACCCGCGCCAGGAGCUCAUCCUGUCCAACUCCGAGGACAAGAGCAUUCGGGUUUGGGACAUGUCCAAGAGGACCGGAGUGCAGACCUUCCGUCGAGAUCACGACCGGUUCUGGGUCCUCGGGGCUCACCCCAACCUUAACCUGUUUGCUGCUGGUCAUGACAGUGGCAUGAUCGUAUUCAAGCUGGAGCGUGAGCGGCCAGCGUAUGCUGUUCAUGGCAACAUGCUCUACUACGUAAAGGACCGCUUCCUCCGUCAACUGGACUUCAACAGCAGCAAGGACACAGCUGUCAUGCAGCUCCGCAGUGGCUCCAAAUUUCCAGUGUUCAGUAUGUCGUACAACCCAGCUGAAAACUCUGUACUGCUCUGCACGAGGGCGACCAACCUGGAGAACAGCACCUAUGACCUCUAUUCCAUCCCCAAAGAGAGUGACUCCCAGAACCCUGAUGCACCAGAAGGGAAACGUUCCUCUGGUCUGACUGCAGUCUGGGUGGCCAGGAACAGAUUUGCUGUCUUGGAUCGAAUGCACUCGCUGUUGAUCAAGAAUCUGAAGAACGAAAUCGUCAAGAAGGUUCAGGUGCCGAGCUGUGAGGAGAUCUUCUACGCCGGCACUGGCUCACUGCUGCUCCGAGACGCAGACGGGGUCACGCUGUUCGAUGUGCAGCAGAAGCGCUCGCUGGCCACUGUCAAGAUCGCCAAGGUCAAGUACGUGGUGUGGAGCGCAGACACCAGCCACGUGGCACUACUGGCCAAGCACGCCAUCAUGAUUUGCAACCGUAAGCUGGAGAGUCUGUGCAACAUCCACGAGAACAUCCGGGUGAAGAGCGGAGCGUGGGACGAGAGUGGCGUCUUCAUCUACACCACGUCCAACCACAUCAAAUACGCCCUCACCUCUGGGGAUCAUGGCAUCAUCCGGACCCUGGAUCUGCCCAUCUAUGUGACCCGUGUCAGAGGGAACAGCGUCUACUGCCUGGACCGGGAGUGCAGACCACGUGUCCUCACUAUCGACCCGACAGAGUACCGCUUCAAACUUGCCCUGGUCAACCGCAAAUACGAUGAGGUGCUCCACAUGGUGCGUAACGCCAAGCUUGUGGGUCAGUCCAUCAUCGCCUACCUGCAGAAAAAGGGUUACCCAGAGGUGGCGCUGCACUUUGUUAAAGAUGAGAAAACCCGCUUCAGUCUGGCUCUGGAGUGCGGCAACAUUGAGGUGGCGCUGGAGGCAGCCAAGGCUCUGGACGAGCGUAGCUGCUGGGAGCGUCUGGGCGAGGCAGCGCUGCUGCAGGGUCAUCACCAGGUGGUGGAGAUGUGCUACCAGAGGACAAAGAACUUUGACAAGCUCACCUUCCUCUACCUCAUCACCGGAAACCUGGCAAAGCUGCGCAAGAUGAUGAAGAUCGCUGAGAUCAGGAAGGACAUGAGCGGGCACUACCAGGCCGCCCUGUACCUGGGAGAUGUCAGCGAGAGGGUUCGCAUCCUGAAGAACUGUGGCCAGAAGUCCCUGGCGUACCUCACUGCUGCCACUCAUGGACUGGAUGAGGAAGCUGAGGCUCUGAAGGAGACCUUUGAUCCUGAAAAGGAAACGCUCCCAGAGAUUGAUCCAAAUGCACAGCUGCUGCAGCCGCCGCCUCCCAUCAACCCCCUGGACACCAACUGGCCUCUCCUCACAGUGUCCAAGGGCUUCUUCGAGGGUGCCAUCGCUGCCAAGGGUAAAGCCGGUCAGAUGGCUGCUGACCUGGACAUGGAUGCUUCUGGAGGAGAAGGAUGGGGUGAUGAUGCCGAGCUAGUGCUUGAUGAAGACGGCUUCAUGGAUGCUCAGGAAGGUUUGGGAGAUGAUGGACUCGGCAAAGAGGAAGGUGGUGGUUGGGAGGUGGAGGAGGACCUGGACCUUCCUCCUGAGCUGGACUUGCCAUCUGGUGCAGGAGCAGGUGGGGACGAGGGCUUCUUUGUCCCACCCACCAAGGGCAUCAGUCCCACCCAGAUGUGGUGCAACAACUCUCAGCUGCCGGUGGAUCACAUGCUGGCUGGCUCCUUUGAAACUGCUAUGAGACUGCUCCACGACCAAGUCGGAGUGGUCAACUUUGGACCCUACAAGUCUCUGUUCAUGCAGACUCUGUCCAGAGGCCGGACCUGCUACCUGGGCCUGCCCUCGCUGCCGUGCCUGAGGGGGAACCCCCAGAGGAACUGGAAGGACUGCGGGGCAAAGCAGGGUCUGCCCGCUGUAGGACUUCGCCUGGCCGACCUUAUUGCCCGCCUUCAGCAGUGCUACCAGCUGACCACUGCAGGGCGCUUUGAGGAGGCUGUGGAGCGCUUCAGAGCCAUCCUGCUGUCAGUGCCACUGCUGGUGGUUGAUAACAAGCAGGAGAUUGCUGAGGCUCAGCAGCUGAUAACAAUCUGCAAAGAGUACAUCGUAGGUCUGACCAUGGAGACUGAGAGGAAGAAGCUUCCUAAAGACACUCUGGAUCAGCAGAAGAGGCUGUGUGAGAUGGCCGCCUACUUCACCCACUGUAACCUGCAGCCGGUCCACAUGGUGCUGGUUCUGCGAACGGCUCUCAACCUCUUCUUCAAACUGCGCAACUUCAAGACAGCGGCAGGGUUUGCUCGCCGCCUGCUGGAGCUGGGGCCCAAACCUGACGUUGCUCAGCAGACCCGCAAGAUCCUGGCAGCAUGUGAGAAGACUUUGACCGAUGGACACCAGCUGAACUACGACCCUCACAAUCCAUUUGACCUGUGCGCCGCCUCCUUCAUCCCCCUGUACCGCGGACGUCCUGUCGAGAAGUGUCCUCUGUCUGGAGCCUGUUACUGUCCCACGUACAAAGGCCAGAUCUGCAGGGUGACUCAGGUGACAGAGAUCGGCAAGGACGUGAUCGGCCUGCGCGUGAGUCCACUUCAGUUCCGCUGAGCGUGAAGACGGAAAGAAGAAUCUGUUCAACAAGUCCACAAUAUAGAUUUAACUAUGUGAGAAUGUAUGCCUUCACAGUGAUAAGAGUUUUAAUUCCUUCUGCUCCUCUGUGCUCUUCUCUGCAUUGGCUUUAUCUUAACAACUGCUGCACAAUUCUGCUUCUGUCUUGAGAUAAAACAAUCCCAACUUCUAUGUAUGAAAGAAAUAAAACAAUGCCACAAGA